CCGAGCAAACCUUCGAGUUAGUCUGCACACGAAACAGUGCUUCAGUUUAUAAUAAUCACUGCUACAGUACAUUAAAAUACACACACACAUUCUUUAGUGUGUCAGUCUGUGUACAGUCUCGGUUCGAGGUCAUCUGGUUAUUCUAUAAGCGGAGGAUGAUGAGAGGUGGCGGUGCAGGCGGGACGGAGGAGCUGCUGGAUCUGCCCGAGAGACUGGAGAGGAGACUGCUGCAGUUUCAGCGUGACGGGGUUCAGUUCGCUCUCUCCAGGGCUGGAAGGUGUUUGAUUGCUGAUGAGAUGGGUCUGGGGAAGACGGUGCAGGCCAUCUCGGUGGCGUACCUCUACCGGGACGAGUGGCCUCUGCUGAUCGUGGUGCCGUCUUCACUGAAGUACCCGUGGAUCGAGGAGCUGGAGCGCUGGGUUCCCGAGCUACAUCCCGACGACAUCAACCUGGUGGAGAGCAAAGCCGACAUCAUGGGAAUCAGCCAGAGCAAGGUGACCAUCCUGGGCUACGGGUUGCUCACCAACGACGCGCGCUCGCUUGUGGAGACGCUGAAAAAACAGCGCUUCGGCGUCGUCAUAGUGGACGAGUCGCACUACCUGAAGUCCCGGAACGCAGCCAGGACCAAGAUCCUGGUGCCGGUGAUCCAGAACGCCAAACGCGCGGUCCUGCUCACAGGAACUCCGGCGCUGGGCCGACCAGAAGAGCUCUUUAUGCAGAUCGAUGCUCUGUAUCCGAGGCGCUUCGGCACGUGGAGCGAAUACGCCAAGAAAUACUGCAACGCCCACUACAGAUUCUUCGGGAGCAGGCGUCAGUGGGAUUGCCGCGGAGCCUCUCAUCUGGACGAGCUGCACCAGAGGCUCAGUGAGAUCAUGAUCCGCAGACUUAAAGCCGAAGUGCUCACACAGCUGCCGGCCAAAAUCCGCCAGAGGAUCCCUUUCGACCUGCCAAAAGAUGCGUCCAAGGAAGCCAGCUCCAGUCUGGAGCAGUGGGAGAGUUUGAUGCGCUCUCUGGGCUCCGGCGAUUCGGCGAACGAGAACCCGUUUACAGAAGUGAUGGGUCUCAUCACGCAGAUGUACAAGCAGACUGCAAUAGCUAAGGCAGGAGCGGUGAAGGACUACAUAAAAAUGAUGCUGGAGACAGAGCAGCUGAAGUUUCUGGUCUUUGCGCAUCACCUCAGCAUGCUACAGGCGUGUACCGAGGCUGUGAUUGAGGCCAAGGCCGGAUAUAUCAGGAUCGAUGGCAGCGUUCCUUCCGCAGAGAGAAUCCAGCUGGUCCACCGCUUCCAAAAUGAUCCAAAGACAAGGGUGGCUAUUCUGAGCAUCCAGGCAGCGGGACAGGGUCUCACCCUGACGGCGGCGUCUCACGUGGUGUUUGCUGAGCUCUACUGGAACCCGGGUCACGUGAAGCAGGCGGAGGACCGGGCGCACCGCAUCGGCCAAACAUCAUCCGUGCACGUUCAUUACCUCAUCGCCAAGGGCACAUUCGACAUGGUCAUGUGGGGCAUGCUGAACAGGAAGGAAACUGUGACAGGCAGCACUCUGAACGGAAGGAAGGCUUACCUGAAAGCGGACGAAGCGGAUAAGGAGAAGUGGGAUUUUCUGAACUUCGCCCAGGCAUGGACGCCGAGCGACAGCAUCACCGGCGAUGCCGAGGAUGAUAAAGACGGCGUCUUCUUUUCACAUUUCGAGAAAGACAAACAGCACGACAUCCGCAGCUUUUUCUCUCCCUGCUCCGACAAGAAACGAAAGAGAACGGACGACUCCUCCGUCACCGGCUCUCCCGGUACGCCACAGGACCAGCGGGGAGCCACCAAUCAAAGCCCCUGCAGCCGCAGCCCUGAUUUAGCCAAUCAGGAAGAAGAUUUCUGUCCCCAGGUGAAACGUUUGAAGCAGGCUGCUCCAUUGUCUCACCGUAAGGGGAAGAGCAGUCCCAUGACGUCUCUCGGUGCACCACGCAGGCUCUCGGCGGGACCGCAAACCCCCCGUCAGAGCCAGAAGUGGAGCUGCCCGGUCUGUACGUUCUCCAACAGCGGCCUGCUGCUGCGCUGCGAAAUGUGCGACACGCCGCGAGCGCAGAGAGCUCGCACCCCUCCUGCAUCUCCCUCCCCUUCUGCCUCUCUUUCUGUCUCCAGUCCCUGCAUCACUCUCUCAGACUCGGAAGAAGACAAAACGCCGCAAACCCCUCUCAGCACGCAGAGCGCGGCGUUAAAACAAAAAGAGGAGGGAGAUAAGACAUCAGAAGCACUCGGAGAUCCUCCAGACACUCGUUUAAACGCUAAUGAUAGCCGUGAGUCUGAACCGCUAGACGAGACUCUGCCUGUGUAUGACAGCCUGAAGUUCUGCGCCAGCAAAAAUACUGAAAGGAUCCACAUUUACAGCAAGGAUGGUCUCCCACUCGGGUGCAACUUCGUUCCUCUGGAUAUCAGGCUACAGAACUGGGAAGACUUGCCUCCAGAGUUCAGCCGCUCUGAGAACCGAAGACAUUUGGUGCGUUUUGUGCGUGAGUGGAGCUUUCUGACUGCGAUGAAGCAAAGAAUGGUAAGGAAGAGUGGCAGAGUCUUUCAAAGCCCGAUGCUUCUUGUGGAUGAGCUCACACACACGCAGCGCCGACACAGUAGCACCAAGAGAUAUCUCUCCAAGAAGGAAGUGGCUCAGACGUCCCUGAGUGCCGCCCAAAGACAGGGAGGGACCGUACGCACCAUCAGCAAGGACAACCCCUUCUCCAUAAAGACAUCUCUCAAAAAAUCACCCAGUCAAGCUGAUAAGGACAAAAAAACAGAGACAGGAUAUUUGCAAGCUCUGGACUCUGGAGGCACGCCGCUGUGUUUGUCCUGCCAGAAGCCCAGCGUGGAGCACUCCGGCUGGGCAGGCGGGUUCUGCAGCGCCAGCUGCAUGGAGGAGCUGCAGCUGCGCUCCAGCCGAGGCUACGCCCGGUCCCGUGUGCUCGAGACGGAGCAAGGUGUUUGUCAGAGCUGUGGCCUUAACGCGCGCCAGCUGUAUCUACGGGUACGAGACGCGCCACACACACACCGCAAAGAGAUCCUGGACAACACGUGGCUGGCACAGCUGCCUCUCAAACAGCUGAACGAGAUGAUCCGUCACCCGGUAGAGGGCCACUUCUGGCAGGUGGACCACAUCAAGCCGGUGUACAGUGGAGGAGGACAGUGCCUUCUGGACAACCUGCAGACGCUUUGCACCGUCUGCCAUCGCAUGAGAACAUCACAGCAGGCCAAAGAACGGAGUCAGAUGAAGAAAGGUGAAGCGGCGUCUAGACUGUCCUCAGACAUCAGCAGAUUCUUUGUGAAGAAAUAAGACCAAGACAACAACCGCCGCCGCCACUGUGUUUAAGUCAUUAGUAUACGUAUGUGUGAUAAAAGCUGAGAUUGUAGAAGAGAUGUAAUGACUUUGAUAUGUUUAAGAAUGCGAUGUAUGCAUCAUGCCUACACACAAACAAACAAUAUGGCUGUUUUAAUUUCAUUGAUUAAACACACAUUCAGACUUUUCACACAAUUCUUUAUUGUAUUGUUAAAAUUCUCAACAUUUUGGGGUUUUUUUUGCUUUCUUUUUUCUUACCAUUUAAGACAGAAUUCUACAGCUGCACGCUGGAUCUAAGGAAAAUGUGGGUACUAGAAAAGUGUAAGAAUGGAAAAGAAAGACGGUGCGAGAGAUUUUAAAAAGCGCUUCCUUGCACAGUGACCGCCGAGCUCUCCGCGGAGCACUGCUGAGGCGGUUCUGCUGCAUGAUAACGCUUGUGUUUCUAGCAGAGAGGAAAGAGCAGGGUGUCCAAGCGUUCUUGUUUGCUGCUAUUUUUAACCUGGGUGCAGGCAUUUUAGAGCACAAAAAAGCACCCUGCUGCAUGACUCUCGACAAUGUUUUUCCCUCCCCGCUCACUUUCAGACGUGGUGGUGCUGGUAGUGGCGGCAGCAGAAGAAGAAAC